UACCCCAUCUCCCACUGUCUGGCUCAUACUUCUUGCUACUGCCAACAGGAGUCAUCAUGCCUCACUCUCCAAAACGUCUACGCCUCGCAUUUGAGCCAGACUUUCAAACCCAAAUUGAGAUACAAGGCCUAGAAGUGGCAGAUGUUCUCAUAGCUGAGGACAAGGAGGAGACUUCCUCUGUUUCCUCUUGCUCUUUCAACUUCUCCUACCCCUCCACUUCCUCCUCCCCGCCUUCCUCUCCUGUGAUUCCACUCUCCCCAGAGAAGGAGGAGGAAGAGGAGCCUGCUGCAACACUGAGUCCUCCCCAGAGUCCUCAGAGCUCCUUCUGCUCCUUCUCUGCAUCAUGGAACACAUCAGAGGAAGUCUCCAACAGCCAAGAAGAAGAGGGUACAAGUUCUCUGGAGACCUCAACAGACAAUGAAUCUUUGCCCAGAGACCCACUAGAUGAUGGGGUGGCUGAUUUGGUGCAUUUCAUGAUCCUCAAGUAUCGAUUGAAGGAGCCCAUCACAAAGGCAGAAAUGCUGAAGGUUGUCGUCAAAAGAUAUAAGAAACAAUUCCCUGUGAUCUUCAAGAAAGCUUCUAAGUGUUUGGAGGUGAUCUCUGGCAUUGAUGUGAAGGAAGUAGACCCCACCACCCACUCCUAUGUCCUUGUCAACUCACUGGACCUCACCCACGAUGAGAUGCUUAGCGACAACCAGAGCAUGCCUAAAAAUGGUCUCCUGAUAAUCAUCCUGGGUGUGAUCUUCAUCGAGGGCAAUUGUGCCCCUGAGGAAGACAUCUGGGAUUUCCUGAAUAUGAUGGGAGUAUAUGCUGGGAGGGAGCAUUUCAUUUAUGGGGAACCCAGGAAGCUCAUCACCACAGAUUGGGUGCAGGAGAAUUACCUGGAGUAUCGGCAGGUGCUUAACAGCCAUCCUCCAUGCUAUGAAUUCCUGUGGGGUCCCAGGGCUCAUGCUGAAACCAGUAAGAUGAAAGUUCUGGAGUUUUUGGCUAAGAUCAAAGGGAUUGACCCCAUUUCCUUCUCAUGCUGGUAUGAGGAGGCUUUAAGAGAUGAGGAAGGGAGGGCCCAGGCCAGAACGGAUUCUGUAGAUAAUACUGCUACCACGUUCAUUGCACAGCAUUGGUCAGCAGCUUCUUCUGCUCCCAACUGAAGAGUGAGCCCAAAUAUUCAUUCUGUAUUUGAAGAGGGAAGUCUUGGCUCUGAGUGGAGGAGGGUUAGGGUCAAGCUAGGGAGAACACGGUAUAGAACUUUGUGUUCCUGUUCUAUAUGGAUGAUUUGGAGAUUUAUUUUUUUCCCCUCUUGAUAUUCUUCAAAUGCUGUUUUUUAAAUAUAUAGGGUGUAUUAGUUUUAGAAUUGAAGUAUAUAAAUGAAUUUGUCACACAUCUAUUGUUGUUUAUCAGAUUUAAGAAUAUGAAUUUUGAUAUUUUAUAAAACAAACUGGGGGAUCUUCCCUCUUAUUUUAUGAUCUGGAACAAGAUAACAUGAUACUGGAAUAGGAAUUUCCUUUGAAAUAUGAAAAAAAUGUAAAAGGUGGUUAAUUUUUGCAUUCCCUUAACCACUUCAAUUUAUUGUUCUGUAAAAUUAAAAGAAA